GCUGCUCAUAAUAUUGAGCUUGUCAGCCACUAUGAAUAGGUUCAGCGGGUUGUCUCUGCCGCUUCGGCCACCAGUAUGUUUGUUCUGUCGCAUUCAGCCUUCCCUGGCCUUCCCGUCUGCCCUGGGAGGACAGACUGUCCGCGCCAUGGCCACGGGCCGACUUCGCCGCACAGCUUCUCGCAUGUCUUUGUCCCCGAAUGUCGCCAAAUCAUCCAUCAAACCGAAACGAUCCGGUCGAGAUCAUGCAGGUCCUUUCGCGGGCAUGAACCAAACUGAAGCGCGUAUCCGUGGUGCCCCCCGUCCACGAUCUUCAGCGGCUUUGAAGCGUACCGGAGAUUCAGAGGAAAGCUCGACAAAGAGCGAUAGUCCAUUAUAUAAAGCAUUAAAAAUGCAGACUACCCUGGCACCCGUUUCGUACGGACGACGGACGGCGAUCAAGAACAAACUGGCGGAAAUUACAAGCUUCGAUCAGUUUCCGCUCCUCCCCGUCGUUCGAAACUCGAUCCUCUCCCAGGCCCUCCCCGGUAUAGUUGAUGCAGUGCCUACACCGAUUCAACGUCUCGCAAUCCCAAGGCUCCUCCAAGAUGCUCCGGCAAGAAAGAAGUCAACGAAAAUUGAUGAAGACGACCCCCAGUACGACCAAUUUCUUCUGGCCGCGGAAACUGGCUCGGGGAAGACUCUCGCCUAUCUGAUCCCUUUGGUGGAUGCUAUCAAGCGCCAGGAAGCAGAGGAUAAGAUCCUUGAGAGGAGACAGGAGGAGGAGAAGGCUAGAGAGGCUGAAGAAAGGAUGAAGGAGAAGGCUUUAGACAUCGAGCCAGAAAUGCCCCCUCUCUCGAACGCAGGUCGGCCGAGAGUCGUUAUCUUGGUGCCAACAGCAGAGUUAGUUGCGCAAGUGGGUGUCAAGGUCAAAGCAUUUGCCCAUACGGUCAAAUACAGGUCUGGAAUGAUAUCAUCUAACCUGACGCCCCGUCGAAUCAAGAGCACUCUUUUCAACCCGGAGGGUAUCGAUAUCCUCGUCACCACCCCUCAUCUCCUUGCGUCGAUCGCGAAGACAGAGCCAUAUGUCCUCAGCCGUGUCAGCCACCUUGUUCUUGACGAAGCUGACUCCCUUAUGGACCGAUCAUUUUUACCGACAACAUCGGAAGUUAUCAGCAAGGCGGCACCCUCUUUGCAGAAGCUCAUUCUGUGCUCGGCCACAAUUCCGCGCAGCCUGGACAACCAACUCCGAAAACGCUACCCGGAUAUCGUGCGUCUGACGACGCCCAAUUUACACGCCAUUCCCCGUCGCGUACAGCUAGGGGUAGUCGACAUCCAAAAGGACCCCUAUCGCGGCAACAGGAAUCUCGCCUGCGCCGAUGUGAUCUGGUCAAUCGGCAAAGCCGGAGACACCGAACCCAGCGGCCCAUUUGCCGCUUACGAAGAGCCCAAGGUCAAAAAGAUUCUUGUUUUCGUUAAUGAGCGUGAAGAGGCCGAAGAAGUAGCCAAGUUCCUCCAGGCGAAGGGAAUCGAUGCCCACUCUCUAUCCCGAGACUCGAGCGCACGCAAGCAGGAAGAGAUCCUAGCCGAAUUCACCCAACCCACCACCCCGCCCACCGCAGAGGACAUUAUGCUGGCCAAAAAGAACCGCCGCGCAGAUAACGCCAUCCCCUUUGAAACGCCCGAGAAGCCCAGAGAGGAGCGCCGAUUGCCGAAUACCAAAGUGCUCGUUACCACAGAUAUUGCCUCCCGUGGUAUCGAUACCCUCGCUGUCAAAACUGUCGUUCUCUACCAUGUCCCCCACACGACGAUUGAUUUCAUUCAUCGUCUGGGUCGUCUUGGGCGUAUGGGCAAACGUGGCCGAGCCAUCGUCCUGGUUGGAAAGAAAGACCGGAAGGACGUGGUCAAGGAAGUGCGUGAGGGCAUGUUCCGCGGCCAGGCUCUGAUCUAAAUGUUCUUUUUCUUUCUUCUGGGGCAAUUUCCUUGUACUUCUACCAUGUUUAAUAUUUGUCUUGGCUUGGAAAUACUCAUCAUGACUGGCGCUGGAUUGGACAUAAAAUACCCAUGUUUUUGUCUCGAUUUAGACAUGGCUCUUUGGAUUCUUUUUAACACCAUGUAUAUUAUUAUGUAUUUUUUAUUUUUAUUUUUCUUAUUAUAGGGCAUCGCAAUAUAGACACAUGACACC